AUGUCUUCUUCUAAGGUUACCCGUCCCACCAACCCUGACGGCCUCGUCCUCGAAGCCUGGGGCCAGGGCUUGAUGGUCGGCAGCCUGCUUGUCAUGGCCGUGGUCACAGUGUGCAACAUGAAAAAGCACGUCCUGCUGCACAAGCUGAUCCUUGCUGAAGCGUGUCUUCCAUUCUCUUCUAUGUCUGUCGCUGCACCCACUAGUUUUUAUACUAAUCCCAAGCUUAUUCUGGCCUUGCCCCACAAUACUUUCAUUUUCGCGCACGAACCCGCUUAUGGCUGGUAUCUUUCGGUCACAGCCAUCGGCCUCAACCUCUCUUGGGCCCUGCACAAUGUGAUCGCGUGGAUGAAGAACCGCCCAUUCCUGUCCCGCCGCGUCUCGCUCGCCUACAUCAUCACUGUCGUUCUUUCUUGGCCUUACUGGGUGGUGGAGAUCUAUGCCAAUUUUACUUACUUCAACAACAUCAACACCAUCUUCCUGAUUACCCGACCGUGGGAGCCUCUGUUUCGUGACCCAUGGUGGGUUGCCACUACUGUCUCGCUCUUCUGGACUAUAAAGCGCGAAUACAACUUCGGGAUCUGGGAACUGGUUAAGGUCUCGCCUCGCUUUGGGAUUAUGCUUCUGUCAAUGUGCUUAUCUAUUGCCUUUAUCAUCGUCGACACCUGUAGUGUGGUGAAUGUGUUCAGCGAUGCACUCCCGACCGGCAUUGAGCCUUUCUGGAAGCUGGCUUUCAUCUUCAAGUGCCUCUGCGACACCGUCAUCCUCGACGACUUCAAGACAGCGCUGGAUCAUAUCCGCAAGUACUGGCUCCGCAAGCAGCAGUCUGCGUCCGAGGCCUUCCUCACCAGUCCUGUCAGCCCGUCCACUGAUCGUGUACCUAUCCCCCCACAGUUGCACACUCCUCCUCGUGGGAGACGUGCACCUGCUGCCCGGGAGUAUCACGACAAUAUCGAGGUGGACAUACUCUCCCCACGCUCUCGACCGAUGGAGGUUGGCGUGCUCUCCUCGCGCUCUCAGCUGAUAGAAGCUGACAUAUUCUCCCCGCGCCCCCGAGCGGAGAAACUCUACUCAUCGCUGCGGAUUACUAUGACAGAGGAGGUCUGA